AUGCACCGCACCUCGCGCCAAACUCCCGAGAGACGCGCCCCGAAUGCCAUCCUCAGUACCCGGGCUCGCGGGCCCCAGUCGAGCUACCCGGGCUCGCGGAAGCCGGGUGUCUCCGCGAGCCACCUGCGCUCGCUCAACUCCGGGUCUCCCGCGUGCCCCCCGCCGCGCCUCUCACCUCGGCUCCCCCGGAGCAUCCUCCUCCGCUGCCGCAGCCGCCCCGGACAAGGCUCUCCAUGCCCUGCGGGCGGCCGCACUCAGACGCGCUCUCCAGCCCCGGGAAGCCCGGGUGAGCGCCUAGCUGGGUCCAUCCUCCCCGGGAAGCGACGGGCGCGCGUCAGAGCAGGGGGAGGAGACCGGCCCCCGUGCGGUGCUCAGACCCGCCUCCUCCAGCGGCCCCCGCCCCGCGUUAGCCCCGCCACUCACCUGCCACUGAGCGUCCCAAGCCCUUCCUCGCCGGCUCCCUCUCCCGCCCGGGCUCUCUGUUCGCCGCCAGAACGCGUUCCGAGCGACAGCUCAGUGGAGUCGCCGCGGCGCCGACGAAGGGGAAGAGCCAACGAGCGGGCGAGCGGGGGCGCCGCGGCUCGCGGUCGCGCUUCUCCAGUCCUCUCGCUCGCCCCCCAUCCCGGGAGUAGAGACCGAUUGGAGCCGAGAACCUGGGGUCCCCGCCCUGCCGUUCGUCGCAGGGGGUAG